CCGCGAACAGGCAACCUUGCCAACUAGUAAUACAGGACCAACCGACGUGACCUUGGGACUCUCCACUCCAUAUGCCCAUGCCAUAGCGCAUCGCCUGCGGAUUCAUGCCACGCCGACGCCGCCCCCCUCGACCCGGUGCACUCGCGGAUCUCUCGCCAAUCCGCAUCCUCUCCCAGAUUGUCCUCCUGCAACUUGCAUACUAUGCAUGCGCCGGGAUCCUUAUUCUCUUCACUGCCCUGGUAGCGGGCAAGGAGGUCAGCCUGGAUCUCCUCUUCAACUGGCAAAGCCUGAGCGGAGAUACUACGGUUGGAUGGACAUUGGGCCUGGUCUGGAUGUUGAAUAGCCUCGCCUGUGCCAUUUUCAUACUGCUCCUCAUCGCCCGCUCUAAGCUCGUCCUUGAUUUUGCCCUUACCGUGCACUUUAUUCACUUGAUCGUCACCUCCUUAUACACGCAUGCGAUACCCGCGAACCUCUUCUGGUGGGCGCUACAGAUAUGCAGCGCGACCAUCAUGACUUCCUUGGGUGUGUGGGCAUGCCAGUGGCGUGAAUUGAGACCCAUCAACUUUGGGAGCAAGACGCCCGCGCGACCGCAACCGCAACCGGCGGCCGAAGAAGAGGGCGGCGAGUCUAGGGGCAGAGGCAGGGGUAGAGGGAAGGACGGCGCGGGGGAAUACGAAAUGGUUGGCAUGAAUGAAGGGGAUAACAACGUCUGACCACUCUCCAUCCUUUGCAUAACAGGCGUUUGGGUUCGCCUGACUUGGACAUAUCGAUUGGCAUCGAAGCAGCAUUUUAAUAUACCCGGAGAGAGCAUAGAGCAUUAUACAUUAGCAUUUGGAUCGGGCGUCAAACAGUCUGCUCAGUCAUCAUCACUGUGGCGCGUUAACGGCACUCGAAGCUUUGUAUCGCUUUGCCUCCAAGAAACCAUUCCGACGAACUAUCUUCGAGUUCGACCGUGCCGUCCCGCAACAUGAACCACGGCAGCUCAUCUGGCUCCCCUUCGCCUUUCAUUGCCUCUUUCUCUUUGGCAUCCGUCUUUGGCGUGAUUCUGCACAUGAUUUUGUCCAGGCGUUCUAGUGAUAUCGAACGGUCUUCGACUGUGACUGCCAUAGCGAUUUUGAUAGCGCUUAGACGGUUUGGUAUAUUGAGG